CUUGGUUCAUUCUCGCCCCGUUUUGCCUAUUCUGUACUGAAGUUGACGACGAUAAUUUUUUUUGUUCUAGGCUCGUGAACAUCCGGACAUCCGCGAGCGUUUGGAUUCGACCAUCAGACGUAAGGCAGAACUCGAGAACUUAGCUCAACUCCGAAAGCAACGUCUUAUUGACGCCCUUUCGCUUUACAAGCUCUAUGCCGAUGCAGACUCGGUUGAAGCUUGGAUUGAUGAGAAGGGAAAACUGCUCGCUACGCUGGUUCCAGGAAAAGACCUUGAGGAAGUUGAGAUCAUGAAACAUCGGUUCGAGACCCUUGAGCAAGACAUGAAGAAUCAGGAGGCGAAGGUUGGCACCGUCAACGAACUUGCCCGCCAGCUGCUCCAUGUAGAACAUCCCAACUCUGACGACAUCCUUCAACGACAGAACAAACUCAACGCUCGUUGGGCUCAACUUCGUGAUAUGGUCGACCAAAAGAGAGCUGAACUCGACCGUGCUCACCGUCUCGAGACCUUCAGAAUCGACUGCCAAGAAACUGUCACCUGGAUUGAGGACAAGACUCGUGUGCUUGAGGACUCUGAUGCUCUUACCAAUGAUCUCAGCGGAGUUAUGAAACUCCAAAGGAGGCUUUCAAUGAUGGAACGUGAUCUCGGCGCCAUCCAAGCCAAGCUAGAUGCUCUCCAUAAGGAAGCGGAUUCCAUCGAGCGCGAGCGUCCUCAAGAAGCUCAAGCGAUCCGUGAGGAUAUCAAGCGAAUCCAUCAUGUAAGAUCAGCUUUUACUCUGAAU